AUGAAAUUAUUCCUGGCAAUAUUGUUGACUUUGUACGCGAUCGCAUACGCUUAUCCCCGUCCAGGCGAAGAGGAUGCACGGCAAGAGACAUUGGAAACGGUAAAUGCGCCACUCGCAGUGGAUGUAGAUGUUGCAGGUAGACGUGAAGCACGCCACGGUCAUCGUGGUGGAUUUGGUGGUGGUGGCUUCGGCGGUGGUGGCCUUGGUGGUUACGGUGGUCACGGCGGUUAUGGCGGUGGUUCUCCGUUCGGUGGUGGCGGCUAUGGCGGUGGUUUUCCGUACGGCGGUGGCGGUUAUGGCGGUGGUUCCCCGUACGGUGGUGGCGGCUACGGCGGUGGUGGUUCUUACAGCCAAGCUUCCGCAAGUGCUAAGGCUUCUUCGGGUUCAUAUGGACGUUAA